GCCGAGGCUGUAGUUACUCUUCUUCCGCGUUUGCAGCAUUUGCUUCUGUAUGCCCCUCUCUGACUGCCAACAUCCCCUUCCGUCAGCAGCACUUGGCAGGCCGCACCGCUCUGCUUCAGAGAGCUGCUCUGCAGCCGACAGUGGCUCCGGCUGACUCACAGCUCAUACAGGCGGUCAGGCUUUGCUGCAGCUCGUUUCCAGCUCCUACUUGGUCGCCACAUUGUCCCAGUUUAAUAGCCCCACCAUUCCUUUGCAGCUGGCGUCACCCUUGUCACUGUUAGUACUAGCACUAGUAGACACUUGACCAGCCAGCCACAUUGCUGCAGCUUGAGGUGCCACUGGCAACAGUUCACCAUGGGGGGCAACGACUACUUCAGCGUGACGGCCAUGUUUGUGAUGUUCAGAGAGUGUAUGGAGGCGGCUGUCAUCAUGGCGGUUCUACUGCAGUACGUGGCAAAGACUGGCAAGACGUAUUUGAAGAAACAAGUCUGGAUCGGGGCAGGCCUCGGGCUGCUGCUAUCCAUCAUUUUUGCAGUGAUUUUCAUUGUGAUAUACUAUACCCUCGAUAAGGAGGUGUUCACCGGCAAAGGGGAGCAGAUCUUCAGCAGGAUCAUCUCCGUGAUUGCCUCCGUCAUGAUCACCAUCCUCGCCUUCGGCAUGCUCAAAAUGUUUGCGCUCCAGGAGAAGUGGAACCGCAAGCUUAAGAAGUCAGCUUUGGAGGCACUAGAGGGCAAGCAGGCGUUCACCACUCGCUAUGCUCUCUUCAUCAUUGCAUUCACCGCCGUCAUUAGGGAGGGCAUUGAGGCUGUGCUGUUCCUUGCCGGGGUUGGGGUUGGAACGCCGUGGAAAGCCAUUCCCCUGGGCGGAUUUGUGGGUGCAGCACUUGGCGUGUUCUUUGGAUACUUCCUUUUCUUUGGGUUGAAGCCGGUGCAGAUGAAGUGGUUCUUCUACAUCUCGACCGUCAUUCUCAUGUUCCUCGCCGCAGGGCUCAUGAUGACGGGCAUCCACGAAUUCCAGUUGGCGGGAGCCUUCGGAUAUUUUCCCCCUGAAAGUGAUGAAGGCGAAUCAGCGCCGGCAGAGGCAGCGGCCCCCGGACCGGCCCCGGAGGAAGAAGAGAGGGAGCUCUCGUGGCAUAACAAGGCGCUCUGGAACAUCUGCAGCUGCUGUAGCGAUGCGGACCAAGGGUUCUUCGAGUUGGCCCGGGCGCUGGUCGGCUACGUGUGCGACCCGACGUUCAUCCAGGUCAUCACGUACAUCUGCUACUGGAUCGUCGUCAUUGGGGUCUUCGUUUUCAAGGCCCGGCGGGGCACGCUCGACAAGUACCGGGUCAAAGACGAGGAACUAGAGCAGGCAGAAGCGGACCUCGAGGCGGCCCCUGCAGGCGCGGAGAAAAAAGCUGAUGAGGCCGCGAAGGUGGAACUAGUCCCGGAAGCAAGGUAGAGGUCACUAUCUUCGGUUUCCAUUACCAUUCGGUGCAAUCAUUUUGCGACCGCUGUCGCGCAUUGAAGCGAUCGGUCUUUGUCAAAGAGACGACUCAACGUCGGUCCUUAGCACAGAGGAUGAGUUGCUGAUCAGAAGCCAUCCGACAGGCGAACACGCAACAGGCGUUGCGAAAGUUCAGCAGUCAGGAUCUGCUCAGAAUACGUCAUGGGGACGAGCAUUCGACGCUUGAGCCCAAGAGUCACAAAAGCAGCAACUAGGGCGGAGACUACCUCCAAGAGCUGAUUGACUGCUGAGGCUGAUCCCAAGAACAUAUGUACCAUAUCAAAUGAGCUUCUUGGCGAGCUACUUCCAAGAGUUCGUCGAAGCGGCUAUGGCCUGCGUUCACCGCC